UCAGUCUUCGGCCGGGCGUUGUUGUGUUGUUUGUGUCAGAUCUGUCAGGAUUAAAAUUAAAAAUCUUGACGAUCAAAUAUUUUUUGUGGUUUCUGAUAAUUGUGUUUAGUGUUUGGACGCAGUUCUAUUUUAUAAGAAUAUUUUAGAUAUUAUGUUUUGUUAUUAUCGAUGUAUUGGACUUUUUUAACUAUUUGUGUACACAUGUGAUCAAAUCGAUACAAUAAUUUGCGAGUUUAUCUGCAUUUCUGAGGAUUUGUGAACGAUGAAUCAGCCGUAACUUGCCGGAGCAGUUUCUCCAAACAGCCAUCAUGGAGGAGCGGGAGGCGGAGGGCCCGGGCGUGCCCGACAUGACGAUGAUGCCCCAGAUCACCGAAGACGCCAUCAACAACAACCUCAGACGCCGCUACAAACACGACCUUGUAUAUACAUACACAGGUUCAAUUCUAGUCGCAGUGAAUCCCUACAAGGAGUUGGGAUGUUACACAACGGAGCACAUGCAAGAAUUUCGAGGCAAAGCCUUUGGGAACCUGCCGCCGCACGUAUUUGCUUUAGCGGAGUCCGCCUAUAGCUCACUACGGAAUGGUGAGAAAAAUCAGUCCGUAGUGAUUUCGGGGGAAAGCGGCGCUGGCAAGACGGAGACGACGAAAUUGAUAUUACAGUACCUUUGCGCUGCUGGCGGCCAGGCCACGUGGGCGGAACAACAGAUACUAGAAGCCAACACGGUUUUGGAAGCAUUUGGCAAUGCAAAAACAGUUCGCAAUGACAAUUCAUCUCGCUUCGGAAAGUUCGUGGAGGUGCGGCUCGACAACCGCGGAGGCAUUCGCGGCGCGGUGCUGCGCGAUUUCCUCUUGGAGCGGGCUAGGAUCACCGGCCCUUCGCCAAGAGAGACCAACUACCAUGUGUUCUAUCAGCUGGUUGAGGGCGCUAAGCACAACGCCGAACUACGCACAGCCCUCCGUCUCCGCGACGGAGUUCAGUUCAAAUACCUUCGCCCAGAAGACGAGGACGCUCGCAAAGGCCUGGGCGGCGAGCAGGGCAAGCUGGAGGCCCUACAGCUGGCCUUGACAGUUCUACAAGUGCCGCUGCAGAUGUGCGAAGGACUGUUCAAAGUGCUGGCAGCGGUGCUGUGGCUUGGGAACGUACAGUUUCAGGAUGUGGACGGAGAACGCAGCGCCCUGGCGCCGGAAGAUGCAGAAGCGGUAGACGCUGUUGCGAACCUUUUGGGCCUGGCGCAACCUACCGCCCACAAGGUGCUCCUCGAGCGGCAGAUCAACGUGCGGGGCAACGUUACCGACAUUCCGCUCAGGUUACAUGAGGCCCGUGAAAACCGUCACGCCAUGGCGCGAGCGCUGUACUCGCGGACAUUCGCGUGGCUGGUGCGGCACGUGAACAGCUGCUCGGCGCCGGGCCGCGAGGCGCCGCGCUCGCUCGGCGUGCUCGACAUAUUCGGCUUCGAGAACUUCGCCUCCAACUCGCUCGAGCAGCUCUGCAUCAACUACGCCAACGAGAAGCUGCACAUGUUCUUUAAUAACUACGUGUUCGCGUUGGAGCAAGAAAUUUACCGUCAAGAAGGCAUAGUGUACAACCAAAUCCAGUUCACGGACAACGCGGCAUGCCUCGAGUUGCUGGAGAAACCGCCGCGAAGCUUGCUCAAACUGCUUAGUGAACAGUGCCAUAUGCCCAAAGGCUCAGAUGGCGCGUACCUGACGAAUAUCCAGGGUGAAUUCGGCGAGCACCAGAGCUUUGUGAAAGGUUCUAGACGCAAAUGGGAGGAAGAGUUUGGUGUUCAGCAUUAUGCGGGCACGGUAUGCUACAGCGUGCAAGGUUUCGUGGACAAGAACAGAGACACGCAGCAGGACGCGUUUAUAGACCACUUGAGCAGAUCAGCGAACCCCUUUGUCAGGGAAUUAGCCGAUUACGUCCAGGAUUUGGCGCCUCCGGGGCAGGACUUAUCGCUUUCAAGUCCAAGCUCAAUGGGCACAACGCAGCGAGGGACAUCCAAAGGUCGGCCGACCGUCGUAGACACGUUCAGAGCACAGCUGCAGUCGCUGGUUGAUAUGUUACAAGCCACCGACGUAUGGUACGUCCGUUGCAUAAAGCCGAACGAGCUCAAAGAGGCGGGCACAUACACCGACCAGCUCGUGUUGGAGCAGCUGCGCUACCUGGGCAUGAACGAGAUCGUGCGCAUCCGCCGCGACGGGUACCCGGUGCACCUGCCCACGGCCGCCUUCCAGGCGCGCUACCGCUGCCUGCUGCCGCACCCGCGCCGCCAGCCCGACGUGGCAACUGUAAUGUCAAUUGUGAACGCGCCGCAAGGCGACUGGCAGAUCGGUCACACGAAGAUAUUCAUGAGAAGUUCGGUACAUAUGCCUCUCGAAGCCAAACGGACACAUUUACUGCAAUCUUCAGCGUUACGGUUACAAAGAUGGUACAAAGGCUCCGUAAAGCGCCGCCAAUACCUCCAAUGGCGCAACGCCGUGAUCGUGCUCCAGGCGGCGUGGCGCGGUUGGAAGGAGCGAGCCGCGUUCCUUCGACUGCGCCGCGCCACUUUAACGCUUCAGCGGCACUUGAGAGGCGCCUUCGCGAGGGAAGUGGCGGCUGCGCUUAGAGAGAUGAAGCGGGUCAACCAGGAGAUCAAACUGAGGGAGGAGCGGAACAGCCUCGCGGAGAAAGCGAACCAGGAGCGAGUCGAGCUCGAAAACAUGGCCGACCAGCUCCGCGGGCUCGCCAACCCGAGCGGGCGCGUGGACUCCGUCAACCUGGACAACCUGUUCGACUUCCUGGCCGACGUGCCCGCGCAGCGCGGCGCGCCCGACGGCCAGCCCGCGCACCAGCCCAGCAUCGCCGAGAUCGGCGACUCCAUGGAGCGGCUGGCCGAGGACCUGCACCAGGAGCUGGAACAUGUCCUCGCUGCCGAGAUGAACGAGCUAAGCAAAUCCACGAAAGAAGCCCAGCGCAAACCGGACGGCGCGCCUUCAGACGCCAUACCACCCCCGCCCUCUUCCCUUCCCCUCACAUCCAUCCUCCAACCGUCCACCCCCGUAUCCAGCAGCAACGGCACCGUCAUGACUGCCUCUAUGAACGGCACAUGUAACGCGAUGACGUCAUCGAUGAACGGGCUCAUGUCGACGUCGAUAAACGGCGUGAUGACGUCAUCGAGCGGGAGCGACGUGCUGUCGGCGAGCCUGCCGCCGCCGCCGCCGCCGGCCGAGCCGGUGCCGGAGUCGCCGGUGUUCCCGCCGCCGCCGCUGUGCACGCUGCCCGAGCCGGCUGGACCACCGCCGCCGCCGCCACCGCCAGGCAAAGACACAACUCCACCGGAACUCACAAACGGCGUAAUACCGAACGGGAAACUCUCAGUACUGAACGGCAAAGAACCAAUAUACGAGGCAGUCAUACCGCGACCGAACGCCGAGCCCGAGCCAGCGCCGCCGCCACCUAUGCUACCGCCAGAGAAUGGUUUCUCAACGCGUGAGCCUGAACCUGAACCUGCGGCGCCACUGCCGCCGUUGCCCGUUCAAAAGACGCCCCAGCCCAAACCGCCGAACAUCAUGACGAGCAGCGUGACGUCACAGAAGCUCCCGCCCUCUAUGACGAGCAGUAUGACGUCACGCAAGUCGGCCACGCCGCCGCCCGUGCCCAUGGACACCUGCAUUAGCCCGCCGAACAUGAUGAACGGGGAUACUAAUAGCACAGAACGCAACGCGCGUCGCAAGGAGCGCGUUGAGCGUCGUCUCCACCAGAUGGAGGCGGCCGCCAGCCCGCCCGCCUCCGCGGCCCCCCCCACCACCCCGCCCGCGGACGCCACAAAUGACCUUAGCGAGUUCGCUAAGCUGUACUUCAAUGACCACCCCAGGUCGCCUGAAGGUACAAUAAUAGCAACGCUCACACGCAAGAGCAAAUCCAUGGAGCUGCUAACCAAAGAGGAAAUGAUAACGUAUCACAAGGGAAACAACAUACCCACCUCACACAUACAACUGCACGACCCGGACAGUGUUACGGCUGCCGUCAAUAUAUUCCGGGAUUUGUGUCGGUAUAUGAGAGGAGAGCUGACCGCGGAUAAGGAGACACAGGUGAUCCAAGCUUUGAUUGGCAAAGGGUUGGAACGGGAAGAGUUGAGGGACGAAAUAUUGGUGCAGUGCGUCAGACAGAUAACCGAAUGCCCCGUCGAAGAGUGGGCCGAGCGAGUAUGGCUGAUCCUGUGCCUGUGCGCCGUUGCUUGGCAACCGUCUCGCGGUCUCUCGCGUUACUACUGCGCGUGGUUGCGACAGAGAGCGCGAGUCUCCCCGUCAGCGCCUGCGGCCCGGGCGGCGCAUUGCGCGCAGUGGUGUCUUGAUAACUGUCGAGGCGCCGCGCCGAGGUUGCUCCCGCCUAGCACUGUUGAGAUCGCGGCGAUGCGACGUCUCGGCACGAUAGUCUGCCGCUUUUUCUUCCUCGACGGGCGCACUAAAGCCAUCGACGUGCACCCGGCCGACACCGCAGCGGCGGCGGCCGCACGUCUCGCCGACAAGCUGGGCCUAUCGCCGCAUUCAAGGGCUGGCUGGGCCGUGUACCAACAGCGAGGGAAUCGGGAGGAGCACGUGCGCGCCACGCACUAUCUAUACGACGUCAUCGCUGCUUGGGAGAUGCAACAAGGCCCCGGCGGCGGGUCCGCAGACAACCGCUUCGUGUUCAAGCGGCGGUUGUUCCGCGGCGGGCGCGAGCUGCCGCACGACCCCGUCGAGGUGGCCCUGCUCUACGCCCAGGCCGUGCAUAGUGUCGUCAAGAUGGACGAGUUCCCGGUAUCGGAGAAGGUGGCGCUGCAGCUGGCGGGGCUGCAGGCGCAGGUGUCGCUGGGCGAGCCGCCGCCGAGCCCGCCGCCGCCGCACACGCGCGCCUACUACGCGCACCCCGACCAGUUCCUGCCGCAGCGCGUCGCGCGCGCACGUCCGCAGCACCAGUGGGCUACAAUUCUGGCUCAAGCGCACCGGCAGUUCGGCGCCGGGCGCGCGGAGCUGACAGCGAAGGCUCUGUACUUGUCCUGUGUUAUGCAGUAUCCACUCUACGGGGUCACUCUCUUCCCUGUAACGUACAAAGGAUACUGGGCGCAUGGUCCCAACGUACUCCUCGGAGUGGGCGCCGAAGGCGUCGUCCUAGUUCGUCCGUCGGACAAAGUGGCGCUCGCGGAGUACCCGUACAGCAACAUCGCGGCGCUCGUCAUGGACCCCGUCGACAACGGGCUCACCAUCAGCCUCACGCACCACGGCCAGCACGACGGACACCGGUGCAUAGUCCUGGAGUCGACGCAGAAGAACGAGGCGGCGUGGCUGAUGGCGGCGUACAGCCCGGUGCUGGGCAACGGGCUGGCGGACGAGCCGCCGCGCCGCGCCGCGCCGGCGCCCGAGCGCGCGCGCCUGGCCGCCGCGCUGCGCGCCGCGCGCCGCGCGCUCGUCGACGCUGGUGGCCUGCGCCGACCCACUGGACCCGACGCCGGGAACUUCCUCAGGAAUACGCUUAGAAGACUGAGCAAGCACCGCCUGGAGCGCGUGCGGCUGGACAUGGCCGCGGAGACGCAGGGCGAGUGCUACAAAGGCUUCCCGGCCGGCUUCUGGUGCUGGUCGCGCACCCUCCCGCACAGCCUCACCAAGCUCAACGAGGCCGAGGAGGUGGCCGCCAUGCAGAUAUUCAAGGAUAUAAUGAGUCACGCAGGCCUGAACACCAACGAUGGCAGCACCACCAGCCUGGCCAACAGCAACAGCGUGAGCAGCCAGGAGAGCGACAGCGACGACCGCGUGGCGCUCGCCCAGUCGCUGCUGCAGCGCUGCCUGCAGAAGGACACGCUGCUUAGCGAGCUGUACGUGCAGCUCAUCAAGCAGACGACCGACCACCCGGAGCCGUCGUCGCGCGUGGCGGCGCGGCACUGGGCGCUGCUGUGCGCGGCGGUGGGCGCCGCGCUGCCGCCCACCAAGCCGGUGCGGCGGCUGCUGCUCGCGCACCUGCGCUACCGCGGCACCGCGCUGCACGCCGGCGAGGAGGGCAAGUUCGCGCGCCGCGCCGAACAGGUGGCACUAAGCACAGCGCAAGUGCCUCGCCGCGCGGCCGCUCCAUCCAAAGAAGAGUUGCUGUGCGCGGCGGCGCGAAGGCCCCUGCACGUGCGAGUGUUGCUGCUGGACGGGAAGCAGCUGGGACUCGUGUUCGGGCCGGCCGCCACCGCCGACCACCUCGUGGCCAUGCUGCGCGAUAAGAUCGGCCUCAGUGAAGCAGCUACAGGUUACGCGCUGUACGAAGUGUGCGCCAACUCGACGCCCGCGGGCGCGGGCGAGCGUGCGCUGGGCGGCGGCGAGCGCGUGGGCGACGUGCUGGCGCGCUGGGAGAAGGCCGGCGCCACCGCCGCCGCCUGCAGGCUAGUGUUCAAGAAACGGUUAUUCCUCGGCGAGCGCCCGCUUCACACGGCGUGUGCGGCCGAGAUGGAGCUCCUGUACUACCAAGUGCUGCACUCUAUACGGCACGAUCGUCUGCCUAUAGAGACUGAUGAAGCGGUGAUGGUAGCGGCUCUCCACGCGCAAGUGGUCGGCGGCGAGUGCGCGGGCGGCGGCGAAGAGUGCGCGGCGGCGGCGGCGGCAGUAUUGCCGGCAAGGAUCGCGCUGCCCGCGCCAGCUGUCCGGCUGCACCACCUGGCGCUGCGCGGCACGCCGCCGCACGCCGCCAUGCAGCGCGCGCUCACGCUCGCCAGCUCCUGGCCGCUCACCAGGGCUACCAUCUUCGACGUCAUGCAAUCUUUCACAUCGAACUGGCCCCGCGCGCUGUGGCUGGCGGUGGACGCGCGCGGGCUGACGCUGCUGCGGCGCGGCUCGCGCGCGGCGCUGGUGUCGCACGACCACGACCAGCUGCUGGCCGUGUCGCCCGCGCCGCGCGCGCUGCUGCUCGUCACGCGCGCCGAGCGCAAGCACGCCAAGCUAGUGCUCUCCACCGACCAGGCGUACCAGAUAGCCACGCUCAUCAAGGACUACAUCGAGGCCGUGCGCGGGCCCGUGUCGCCCGCCGUGGCGCCGCCCGCCGACCCGUGCGGCGCCGCGUCCGCGCGCGCACAGCCCGCCUCGUGACACCCGGCCACAUAGUGCCAGUGCUUCCACGUCCGGCAGUGAACGAUCUGUUGCCAGUGCGACACAUUCGCUGACCGAUACUAAACCUUACAUCGUUGCAGUAAGGUUUACUGACGAUCAGUUGUGUGCCGACGGUUGAGAAGCGGCGACUUCGCUGGCCGAUUGUGGACCUUAUCCUGCUGCGGUAAGGUUUUCAAGCGGUCAGUUAGUGUCGACGCCGGUACGGGCGGGUUGCGGUUUGGCUGGCCGUU